AUGGCAAGGAAAGCAGACCUUGGAGAACCAAGAGGCGAUUUAUCGCGAAGAACAACCAUACAUAAUCCCACAUCUCAUACUUUGCGCCAACGUAGCCCUAGCGAAUUUCACAAUGAACCUAGUACAAGAACCCCAUCACCAUCACCACAAUUACAGCAAUACAUAAACCAAAACAAAGUCCUAGCAAGACGUAAUGGGAUCUUGUCAUCACGAGUCACAGAACUAGAGGACAAGGUCACAUCAUUGAAUGAUGAAAUUACCAGACUUCGGAAGAAUGAUACUCUCAAACUGGCACUUGAACUAGUGGAGAAGAAUUUGGUGAACAGUUUUAAUGUUAGUAUGAAACAAUUGCAACGAAUACGCGUCGACAAUGGGAUGCAGCAUAGUACAUGUGGUCCAGUAUCUGCUUCUACGAGCUAUAGGCAUGAUGUGGCAAAGAAAACUGAAGAAGUAAAGCCACUGAUGACAAGGGAAGAGCGUACGAAGAUACCUGUUUCAAAAACUAAUUCCAUAAUGACUCCACCCACUCCCACUAUCAAUCACGAAGCUAUAGUGAAGGAGCAACCUGGAAUACCACAGUUUUUCAAGAAAGCCGAUCAAUUUGAGUCUACUAGCAAGUUUCUGACAAUUUUGGAUGAACUGGAUUCAGAAGAUAUGUUUGAUAUAAGACAGGUCGGCGUGUUUGCUAAAGAACCAACUGUUGUUAUUGAUGAGGAUAGUGAUGAGGAUGAUAAAUCGGACAUUGAGAAGCCGUGUGGUCGCGUCGAAGAUAAUGUGCCUGAAGAUCAAAAAGACAAGAAUGUUGAUGAUGAAGAUGACUUUUUAGCAGAGUUUGGCCGUCAUGAGUCAUCCUUUGUAGGAAAGGUGAAAGAGUCAAAGGAAAUGGAUACACAAAAGCUGGGGGCAGAGUUGAGAGAAACAAAGGAGAAACGAUUAUCGAGCAUGCCUGAUAUGCUGGAUUACGAAGCCCUUUUAGAAAGCUUGAAACUUAAAGGUGAUUCUGGUCAGUCAGAAAAAGGAGAACAUGGAGUAGAGGCAGUGGGUGAGACAGUUGCCGAGGUAAAGGCAGGUGCGCCAAAGACUAACACUCGUACUUCAAGACGAGGUAAGACGAAUGUUGACAAUGAUAAGAUUCAUGACGACAUGCCGGGUAAUGAAACCGCCGCCACCACUGAAUCGAGAGCAGUAAUUGAUGCUGAAAAGAGUGUUGAAUCGGAACCACAAGAAGCACCUAUAGAAAUCACGGGUUUGCAUAGUGAAGAGGGUUCAAACUCAAAAAGAUCGACAAGGUCAGGAAUUAGUGCUUCAUCACACAAGUCAUCACUAGCACCAACUGCAAAACAAAGGAGACUGAAGAGGUUUCAAAUCAAGCAAGACUCCGUAGCUGAUAAUGAUACUUUAGGAGAGAAAUCAAGAAAUGAUGAAACUACUCCUGCUAUUGCAUCAAAAGCUGACAUGGCGGAAGAUGCUCAUCUCACACCAGAACAUGAAAUAAUUGAUUUGGACCAAUCGCCUCAGAAAAAAACUGAUAAUAAGCGUCUGGAUUCAAGAAAAACUACAACUAACAUUAAUAGUAGAGAGAAAAGAAAACCACUUUCAAACUUGACUAAUUCCAUCAAUAAACCAACUAAAAAACGGAAACAAACAACUCGAAAUGAAAACUGGGAUCUAGAUAUAUUCGACCUUAGAAAUGCUUGA